CGGGAGUUCCGGUCAGGGCGGUCCUAGCUGUCCUGGUUGUAGGUCCUUAUCUCUCUUAGCACGUGGCGUUCGCUUUUGGCGUUGGAGCUUCUGAGCAGUUUGAUAGGCGGGCAUCUGCCCAGAGGGGGUUGGAUGGGCUGCGUGUAGCGCUGUCUCUGUGCGGUUUCCGUCCCAGCGCGGGGCGGACGGCCUCCAGGGGCGCCGAGGCUCUGCGCGCUUCCGUCAUGGACUACCGGCGGCUGCUGAUGAGUCGGGUGGUUCCCGGGCAGUUCGACGACGCGGAUUCCUCGGACAGUGAAAACAUUGACCUAAGGACCAUCAGAGAGGAAGAUAUUCUGUUUGAAGAUCUGCAGAAGAAUGUGCCUGAGAAGAUGGGUGGAGGUGAUAUGGAAGAGAAGGAGGAGGAGGAGGAAGAGGAGGAGGAGUAUGAUGAAGACGACUGGGAUUGGGAUGAUGGAGUUGGAAAACUCACCAAAGGUUGUAUCUCAAAUGCAAGGAGUAACCCACAGACAAAUCAGCAGACUUCCAACUACAAUUUGGCCAAAAUAUCUACUCCAGCAGACAAGGUCUUACGGAAAUUUGAGAAUAAAAUUAAUCUAGAUAAGCUAAAUGUUACUGAUUCUGUCAUAAAUAAAGUCACCGAGAAGUCUAGACAAAAGGAAGCAGAUAUGUAUCGCAUCAAAGAUAAGGCAGACAGAGCAACUGUGGAACAGGUGUUGGAUCCUAGAACACGAAUGAUACUAUUCAAGAUGUUGACUAGAGGAAUCAUAUCAGAGAUAAAUGGCUGCAUUAGCACGGGAAAAGAAGCUAAUGUGUACCACGCUAGCACAGCAAAUGGAGACAGCAGAGCAAUCAAAAUUUACAAAACUUCUAUUUUGGUGUUCAAAGAUCGGGAUAAGUAUGUAAGCGGGGAGUUCAGAUUUCGUCAUGGCUAUUGUAAAGGAAACCCCAGAAAGAUGGUGAAAACUUGGGCAGAAAAAGAAAUGAGGAACUUAAUCAGGCUAAACACUGCACAGAUCCCAUGCCCAGAACCUAUCCUGCUAAGAAGUCAUGUUCUUGUCAUGGGUUUCAUUGGUAAAGAUGACAUGCCAGCGCCACUGUUGAAAAGCGUCCAGCUCUCAGAAUCCAAGGCUCGGGAGUUGUAUCUGCAGGUCAUCCAACUCGUGAGAAGAAUGUAUCAAGACGCCAGACUCGUCCACGCGGAUCUCAGUGAAUUUAACAUGCUGUACCAUAGCGGAGGUGUGUACAUCAUUGAUGUUUCCCAGUCCGUGGAGCAUGACCACCCACAUGCCUUGGAGUUCUUGAGAAAAGACUGUGCCAAUAUCAACGAUUUCUUUUUGAAGCACAGCGUUGCCGUGAUGACUGUGCGGGAACUCUUUGAAUUUGUCACAGAUCCAUCCAUUACACAUGAGAACAUAGAUGCUUAUCUCUCAAAGGCCAUGGAAAUAGCAUCUCAAAGGACCAAGGAAGAAAGGUCCAGCCAAGAUCAUGUGGAUGAAGAGGUGUUUAAGCGAGCAUACAUUCCUAGAACCUUGAACGAAGUAAAAAAUUACGAGAGGGAUGUGGAUAUAAUGAUGAAAUUGAAGGAAGAGGAUAUGGCCAUGAAUGCCCAACAAGACAAUAUUCUGUACCAAACUGUUACGGGAAUGAAGAAAGAUUUGUCAGGAGUUCAGAAGGUUCCUGCACUUCUGGAAGAUCAAGUUAAGGAAAAGGCUUGUUCUGAUUCAGAUGAUGCUGGAAGCUCUGAGUGUUCUGACACAGACUCUGAAGAGCAGGGAGACCAGGCCUGCUCCAGGAAACCCACUGCUGACCCUGAAAUUGAUAAAAAGGAAAGAAAAAAGAUGGUCAAGGAAGCCCAGAGAGAGAAAAGAAAAAACAAAAUUCCAAAACAUGUGAAAAAAAGAAAGGAGAAGACUGCCAGGAUGAAAAAGGGCAAAUAGAAUCAGAACGCCACAACAUAAGAGUAAUUUACCAUCUGUCACUUUUCUCACCCACGCUGUGAGCUAUGAGCUGCGUCUUGAGGACGUGCUACUGAUUUUAACUGAGGUUAUCACGGCAGUGUCGUGAAGACGGAGUUACGUGUUCUCAUCUAAUUAUGUAAAAAGCUCUAAGCUCUCUUAUCUAGACCCAGUCACUGCCUCUGUGUGGUAUUGACAGAGGAUUUAUUUAAGCAACUAUAUGAAGAACUUUGUACAAUUUUAUUUUUAUAUGUAUUUUUUUCUCCUGCAGUGUGUUUUUUGAGGCAUCAUAAAUGUUACAAUGUAAUGAGCACUAAUCGUCUUUAAGUGUAAAGGCACUUUGGACAGACUUGGCAGAUUGUAUUUGCUUUGUUUGUACAUGCCAGAGACCCAUCUGAAAUCAUUUGAUCACAGGGCCACGGUUUCUGUAGAAGGGAGUUUCCCUUCGAAGAGAAUUCACAUGGCUGUUGACAUAAUCAUUCACUGCAACUGUUAACGACCGUGAGGUAUGCAUUGAUGCUCAUUUGUGAUGCACUUAUGCAUCAUCUCUGAUACUCUUUUGAGUUCAGACAUCCCAGUUCGUAAGCUGUUUCACACUCUGCUGUUUGGCCUGUUCAUUCACUCAUCAAAUAUUUGAGUGGCUCAGGUGCUAGGGAUACAGAAGUAAACAAAACCAAAACAUUACUACCUUCAGGUAGUUUACAUUUUGAAAGGAAAACAUUAAACAAGUAAAUAAAAAACAGUGUCUGAGUAGGUGGUGAAUUCUGUGGAGAGAAAGGAUGCAGAAAAGAGAGAACUCCUGGGGAGGAAGGAGGCUGCCAUUGUCAAACAGUCCACACUAAGCAGCUACCUUUGAGCAAAUACUUUAAGAAUGUGAGUCGUGUGCAUAUUCAGAGAGAAGGGUAUUCCAGGCACAACAGGUGGGAAGGCCUUGAGACAGAAGUGUGCCUGAAAGUUCUAGAAACAAGAGACUCCCAUAACUGAGAAAGAGGAGAUCUGAUGGUGCCAGGCUAUUAGAAGGUUUUGAGCAGAGGAAGGAUAUGAUCUGACUUGGGUUUUGGGAGGAUCUUGAUCUCUCUAGCCUCUGUGGAGUCCUGAGUAGGAAGCAAGGGUGGGAGACCAGUGGGUGGUUACGGUGGUAGCCCACGUGAGCGAUGGUGAUGACUCGGUCUAGGAUGGUAGCAGUGGACUUGGAGAGAGAAGUGGGAUUCUGGGUGUAACACAAAGUGGAGCAACCCUGAUGUGCUGAGGGGAGUAUGUAUCAGGCGUGUGACAGACAGUGAGGGAUGACUUCAGGAUUUGUGACCCAAGCAACUGAGAGACUGUUAGAGUUGCCACUUCCUGUGUUGGGAAGGAAUGUGGCUGGAGCAGGUUUUGGGGGUAAGAGAUGAGAUAAAAGCUUACAUUGCAACAAAGCACAAAGGUCAAAAGAAAUUAAUUUUUAACUUUUUACUAUAUACUUUAUGUUAGAAAUGUCUGUUUUAGCCCUUGCAUCAGAAACAGUUGCUACAAAUAAGCUUAGUUUACCUUAAACUGAAGCUUGCACCUGCUUGUUUGAAGGUUGGUGGGCUAGUGGGGGUGGUCAACUAAGCUUUUAAAAUAUUAGAUCAUAUUUAUUAUGUUCAUACGAUCUUCUCCCUGACUUCAAAAAGUUCAAAAUGCAAAAUGUAAUUCAGUGAAAUACAACAGCCCCUCUAAAAUAUUCUACAAUUAACCAAAGGGAAACCAGAAACAGACUUAACAAUUCUAUACACCUUUGAGGGUUUUAUCUUCAGGAUCUUCCUUAUGUUGUAUUUGUUUGGUCUUACUCUCUGACAGGGUGUAUUUGAAGGGGCCAAGUUUCUCAGUGCUAUCUUUUGGUGAAUCUAAUGUAAUUAUGAAGUUUGGAAUCAAUUUCUCUUGGGCAGAAGUAGUGUCAGCAAGAUACAGGGACAAUUCCUUCUCAUUUGCAUUGCUUCCAGGAGGAAGUGGCUUGUAAAAUACCAAAAUUUGGGACUAUAGGGAGAUUCUAGGGGGUGUCUGGGUAGCUUGGUUAAGCAUGAGGGUCGUGAGUUCAAGCCCCAAUUUGGGCCCCGCGCUGGGCAUGGAACCUACUUUAAACAAGGGGGGGAGUAGAUUCUAAUUUGAGGAACAUUUUUCUAAUAACUGUCUUGCUGAUAGGCUGUUUCCCUGUUUGGAUUUGUGGGCCACUGGUAAUAUUCCUGGCAAACUUGUCUGAAACUGUAUGUCCCCAUUCCUGUCUUUCUCACCAGAAGGCUUAGAAGGAGUCUCUUCUUAGGCAGACUUCUAGAGCUAUUUGCUGACUUCAGUUGCAAUUGAAUUUUGAGUGCCUGACAGGUUUUAAGUGCCCAUGGAUUAUUGGUUGUACAGUUACUUUCCAUCUGGAGGGAUGAGGUUUGGGUCUUUGACUCAAAGGCUGGUACAUAAUUUUGUCAAUUGUACGUGUAUCUGAUUUCCUGUCAUAUUUUGUUGAUACUUAAUCCUUUCAAAUAAUGUACUUUCUAAAAGUGUACUGUGAGAAAUUUGGAUAAUUUCUUUGAAGCACAAAGUCACAGCUAUCUCCAGGGCUACUCUAGGUGUCAUCCUUCCUGUGAUGAAGCAGUUUGGGACCAGAACUUGCACAGGCCCAGAUGCUCCAGCAUUUGAGCACGGCCUUGCAGCAAAAAGACAGGAACUAUGGUGGCACUAUUUGUCUCAGUCUGACAAGUAGGAAACCCAGGUUUCUGUGCUGGCAUCAGAUUUCCUUCAGUUUUCUCUCUCCUUGAUGAAGAUGGACUCAAGAGGUUGGAAAACGUUUUGGUUUGGUACAAAGGGUUGUUUCAGAUGGUCUCUCCUUUUCAAGAAUGUUCUGUUGAAUUCAGUGUGAGCAGCUUGCUGUUUCUUGGUAGUGGGCCUAUCCUGUUUUGUGGCUGUGAUCUCAUUAGUCUUUUGGAUUGGCAAAUGAAGAGUUGAAAAGUUCUAAAACCUGGUAAAAGAAAAAAUUCGGUUUAAGGACAUCUCAAACGUCAUGGGCUCCAAAGGAGGACAUUAAAAUCUUUUUGUUUUCAAAAGCUUGACAGGUUUUCUAAUUUUUAGUUGUUUAUACACACAGUAAGUAGAGACCAUGCCCGUUCAGAGUUCUACCUUGACUUCUGGGGGUUACUUUGUCAUGGUGAAAGAGUUGCACUGAUCAGCAUCUCCUCAAAGUAUAGUUUCCCAGGAAGAUGUUUUAUGAGCACAUCAGAUGGACACAGCUUUCAACCAUGGGUAAUCAUUAAGCAAGAGCUCUUUAUGCUGUGUUUUGAAUCGGAUUAAGUUGUCACAGUCCCUACAUUUUGGUUGCAGUUUUUAACUUCUGUAGCCUUUGGGUUUGUGUUGCCUUAGACAUAAAGACUUUUGUAAAUGCCCCAGGGCAAAUUGGAAUGCUGGGUAUCAAAUCAUCUAAGCUAGUUUCCGAAGGAGAAGAUGCCUUUCUUGCACCUGUGUUCUCCAUGCAUCUUGGUUCCAGUUGAUAGUGUUAUGGAAACCUCUGGACUUGAAUUUGAGGAACCAAGACCUGAAUUGGUGGAAUUCUUGACUUUGGUUUUCAGCUUUCCUUCAUCUUCUGUGUCACUGCACAUCGUGCUUUGAGUGCUGGCAGGCCAUGAGUGUGAGAAGGUAGCUGUCCUACAGCUAGAGUGACCACACAGCCACAUAAUCUUUGUCCUCAUUCCCCCUCCCGCCACCCAGAACGGUAAGGGGGUCAUCUAGUGUGUGAACAGAGCUACUUGUAGCUCUCUGAGACUCUUCCAUGUCUCAUGAGUGCUACUUAGUAGUUUUUGUUUGUUUGUUUAGUAGUAGUUUUGUUUAAAGGCUGAUCAACCUCAUCCUCUUUGGAUGAGAUUUUUAACCUGUGUAACCACUAUAUGUGACCAUCAUGGGGUUCUAGAUUUGUCGUUGAAAAAGUGGUAGGUCCUUGGGGCCAAAGAAUUGUUGGAGUCACGAUACUACUAGAGUGCAGAAGUUGGAAAAACAGAGGAGGCCAGAGAAAGGUAUGUUUAAGGUCAUACUAAUGGAAAGUUGCCCUUGGACAUAUCUGCGGUGCAGCCAUGGGUGGGAGUGGCCACGGGAGGGUAACAGACAAAAGCAUUGAAGGCUGGAAGGCCAAGGAACUGAGGCUAGGGCAUGGCAGGGCCAUCUGUGUUAGGACAGGCCUAGUUUUAGAGUGUCUGUAGGAGCCCUCCUUCAGUCUUCAGGGAGAGAAGGGAAGUGAGCCAGGGAGGGCGUGGCACCGAUGCUUGCCACUUGGAGGGGAAGUGAGCAGUGUCUGAUGACAUGAAACUAAGGGUGGCAGGUCGAGCAGUGCCCCCAGGAGAGCCAGAGUUUAAAUGCAGUAAGUAAAAGGGAACCCUCAGAGGAGAUGCUGAGGACACAAGGCUCUUGGUGUCUGACAACGAGUUCUGAAAGGCCCCGUGGGAGUGUUUCAGGACUUAGAAAGGGAAGGGAUCUAUUUGAGCUCAGGUGCAGGCCAAGCCUUGGUGGUGUUGGCGGCUUCAGGUUCUCAGAACCUGAUGCCAUGAAGUAGACAGAUGCGGCGACCUUUGUGGAGAUAGUAGUGGGGCCCACCUCACAGAGUUCCUGUGAAGGAUGCUGAGGAGAGCUUGGUGAGGGGUGGAUCAGGCCUUCAAUGCCUAGACCCAUUGCUCAGUCACUGAAAGUGGAACAGCCAGACACGUGGGCGCUCCUGUUGUGGAGUAGGAAGAAGCGCAACACAGCCACCUGUGAAGUAUCUUGCCUCCUACAGAAGCCACUGAGCCUGAAUCCAGGUAGUCUCCAGAUGUGGUCAGCGGUUAUAGGAAAUACACAGCACACAGGGGCUGGAUUAACUGAGGCUGGGAGGAAUCAGUCAUCCAAAUCCAGAGUCAGAAUAUCUGUCAGGGAAAAAGGAAGAAGAACUGUUGCAAAAAGUGAAAGAAAUCUAAGAGGCAUGCAUGCCAAUGCUGGGGACGUCGUUUGGAUCCUGAUUAGACCAAAUCAAUUGUAAGAAGAUGGGCUUUUUUUGUUUGUUUGUUAGGCAAACAGAAUAAAUUUAAAAUGGAGUAGGUAUUCGAUGA